AUGGAAGAAACUUCGUGGUCGUAUGACUGCGUAAAUACAGAGACGGUCGGGGGGCCCCUAGCAACAACAGUCUCAUCAGUUGCUUCAACAAAUGCUUCUUACGAAGAGGCAGGGGGGCCCCCCUCCUCUAUGUGGAGCCCCUGGAGCGACAGCGAAGUGCCUUGCGAGUUAUAUACCUUCUCAGGCGAAGACCAGGGUCGUAUACAUCACCUUUGUCUUACAUCAUCGGAGGAGGAGCAGCAGCAGCAGCUGCUGCAGCAACAGCAGGAGCACCAGCAGCAACUGGAUGCAGAACGCAUGCACCUCAAACAACAGCAAAAUCAGCAGCAACGGGGGGCAGGAGAAGGUUUGAUAUUUCUUAAGGGGCGAUCACUAGGGCUUGCGCUGGCUAUUUUAGGAACGUUUAUACUUGCUGCUGCAGCACUUGGUAUACAGCAGCACCGCCUAAGGGAUAUGCGGGGGCCCCCUACGCAGCAGCAGGGGCCCCUACCAUCCUUAGGAGGGGCUGCUCAAUCACCGUAUAAGGGGCCCCCCUUACGGCAUGGUGAAACUCCUUUAUCUAUUGUCAAUCCUUCUGAAGCAAAAGAGCCUCUUAAUGCAGAUAAAGAAGAGCAGCAAGAGCAGCAGCUGCAGCGCCUUCUCGCUAGCCUUGCGUCCUUUAGAAGAGCUUGGAGUGAGGCCCCCGCGGAUGCACACGCCAUCCUUCCUUCUGCAACCAUAGAGGAAGGGGCCCCCCAAGACCCAUUGGGGCCCUUUGGAGUGUACAUACAGGCCCUUAUUGAAGAGCAGCAAAGCCUUAGCGCUCUCAAAGACACCAGCAGCAGCAGCAGCAGCAGGAGGAGGGCGUACAUGAUGAAGCAGUGUGGAGACCUCUUAGAUGCACUUACAGCUCGUCUUAAGUCUCUAACGCAGUUAAACUGCAUGCAGAAUGAUACCCCUAAGGUGUCUCUACCUUCAGAAGAGGCAUUGUUAGCUCAAACAGAUGACUUAGUAGAUUUCUCCUCCUUCGUAGAACUCCUCAAGGCCCCCCCAGCCUCAGGCCUAGGGGCCCCCAGCCCGGUGCCGACGGAUAACAUAGGGGCCCCCCCUGUAGGGGGCGUGCCUCGUGUUCUGGCUGGAGUACUAGCUAGAGGUAUACAGCUGCUGCAGCUGCAGGUGGAAGGAGAUGAAGCAGUACGAAAAGCUCUUGCUGCAGCGCUUCAAGAACCAGAAGCAGCAGCAGCUGAAGAUAACGAGACGGACGAGGAGACAGUUAAAUCUACUCCUGAGGUAGAGAAGCAGCAAGACAAGAAAUUCGCUGAAGAGCUUAAUACUGAGACGCUGGCGGUUGUGCUGAAGCUGCUGGAGGAGCGGAAGACCCCGAAGUCAGCGAGAGAUUUAUGCGGUACUGGUGCUGCUGCUGCUGCUGUAGAGACAGCAGCAGCAAACUGGAACGUCAAGGGACUGCUCGAUUUGUACAUGGGUCUGUGGGCGAUGCAGCUGCAACGAGCAGCAGAUUUCUCUCGAGCCCUCGAACGGGUGGAGACAGUAGCAAAGGGCAGCAGCAAAGGCAGCGGCAACAGCACCGGAAGCAGUAGCAGUAGCAGCAGCAGCAGCAGCAGCAGCAGCAGCGGUAGCAACAGCAGCAGCAGCAGCAGCGGUCGCCUUACCGAUGCUAGCUGGUACAUAGCAUCAGCGCUGCUCUAG